UCGUUUAAGAUAUAAAACCGCGGGAUAUUCAAGAUGGCGGCGACUGAGGAAAAUAACACGGAAAUGAAGGAAUCUGUUGAAAAUACUUCGUCUGCAGAUGUUUCUGUUGAUGGUAGACGGAUGAAGAUACUACGCAGUGUUAUGCUUAAAACGAUCAAGUCAUACACUGGAAAUUUAAAACUGAUCAAGCCAUUGACUGGUGUCAGUACUGCUCAUUUGGAACUUCUGCACAGUAAAGCCAGCUCACUGCUUGAAACCAACAUUCAGAGUGAACUGGAAGAGAUAUACAAGGAGGAAAAUCUAGAAAUUUUACUGAACAGCCUGGAUAAAUUGAUAGCAGAAAACCCAGCACCCACUAAUACUGUGGCAUGGAGACCAAGCAGUAAUGUUGAGCAGGAUGCAAGAUGUGAUGUUGCCGUGUUGAAGAGAGAAAAGUUAAAGGUUCUCGAGAAUACUCUCAAUGACCUCGAAGCACAGAACAAACUGUUGGUAGAUAGGGUACAGAAAAGAGAACAACAUCUACUAAGAACGAGGGAUAAAAUUUCGUGUAUUGCUGAAGAUUUUGAACAGAUUGUUGAUACAGAAAACACAGCAAAUCUAAAGACCAAGUAAACAGAUUGGUUGACAGAAAUAUGCUGCUGAAUGGUCAAUAUUAUUCAGAAGUGAGGCGGAUUUGUUCAGAUGUGUAAACAGCUGUAAUAUAUGGAGAUAUGUAAACAGCUAUGAUACAUGAUGUGUAAACAGCCUUAACAUAUGGAGAAAUAUAAACAGCUGUGAUAUAUGAAGAUGUGUAAACAGCUGUGAUAUUUGAAGAUGUGUAAAAAGCUGUGAUAUUUGAAGAUGUGUAAAAAGCUGUGACAUACGAAAACUGCUGACCAGCAGGUUUUAUUUUAAUCAGUAUAUUUGGAAAAUUAGCCUAACAUGCAAAACUUGGACUUUUUAUGACGGUUUUUGUCUAAGAUAAGAAAUAUCUGUGUUCAUAUGUAUGUGCUAAGAGUUAUGAAAAUUAAAAAACUACAAGGAGCUGA